AAUGAUGAGGAAUUUUAUCAUAGUUGUGAAUAUUCUGGCAUUAACUCUGCCCCUUUGGAUUUCAGAGGUGCAAGGUCAAGAACAACUGGCUUGUUACAAAAAGGAUGAAAUAUUGUAUGAUCAGAAAAGAGUCCUGCAUACACCAGUUCGCUAUGUGGUGAACAGCAAUCCUCGUUAUUACCUUAAUUGCUACUACUGUACACCAUCUGUAGCUGUUUCCACAUAUGCAUAUUCCCCAUUUAUUAUAAAACUAUUUCUACUUAGAUCACUACCCCAAAUCUCCCAAUGGCAACCACAGCCAAAUUCCCCUCAGCCCACUGAGGUACCUCAGCCCAUUCCAAGCCCAUCCUUUCUUGAAAUUCCUACAAAUGAAAAUGAAGACAGCACUGCCAACCCAAUCAUCAAUACCAUUGCUCCUGUUGAGUCUACAACAAUUCCUGUCACUGAACAAGUGAUAACUACUGUGGUCAAUCCAGAAGCUUCUACGGUGUCCAUCAAUAACCCUGAGACUGCCACAGUCCAAAUAUCUUCACCUGCAUAGUAAAACCACUAAGGAACCAUCGAAGAAGACAAUAAAGGUCUUACAGAAACCAACUUGGAACUCUCCUUCAGACAUUCAUCUGCCAUCAUUCAAGAGAAAAUGCAAUUUUCACAGAUUCAGAAGAUCUUUUUGUUUUCUUUCCUUACAUUUUACAUUGAGGCUACAGUCG